AUGACGGGAUUUAAGGGUAAGGAUCAACUAACCGAAAUGAACGUCUUACAAAAUGAGAUGAGGGAUAUAAAUAUAAAUGACAGUAUAUAUAAUGAAGAUAGUAACAUUAAUCAAAAUAUAUAUAAUAAUGAAAUGAUGAAUAAUGAUAAUAAUAAUGAUAAUAAUAAUAAUAAUAUGUAUAAUAAUAUUUAUAAAAACCAUUCUUAUAAUGAUGGGAAUAGUACAUGUAGUGGUAACAACCACACAUACAAUGAAAGUAACUUUUUAAAUGAUAGAGGUGAUGAAGAGGAAGAUUAUUACUAUAACAAUAAUAAUAAUAUUAAUAAUAAUAUUAAUAAUAAUAGUGCUUAUAAUAAUAUUCAUAGUGAUCAUUAUAAUAAUAAAGUAACAAAUGAAAUUAAAGAAAUAUUAAAUUGUGAAUAUUGUAAUAAACAUGUUUAUCCUUUAAUAAAAACAUAUACUCCUUUAUUUGUUUAUAUUAUGAUAAUUCUAUUAUUCGUAUUUAUAUCAUUUUUUACGAUAUUUUUAUUACCAUUAUUAUAUUUAACAUUUAAACAAAAGAAAUAUAUUUGUCCUUAUUGUGAAAAAAAUUUAAGUUCAUCAGAAAAAUUAUUUAAAAUAAAAAGAGAAAAUCAAAUUUUAACAUUUCAAUUUUCUAAAUGUGCAAUUAUUAUAUCAGCAAAAUAUUUAGCAUUAUUUAUAUCUUUAAUAUUUUUUAUUUUUUUCUUUUAUAUUAUAAGAAUAACUAGUCAUUUUAAUCUAGAUAAUUUUGUGAAGGGUCCAUAUAUUACAUCUUCAUGGAUUGAUUACUUAGAAGAUUGUGGUAAUAAAUCACAAUUUAGAAAUAAAUUUAAUAGUAUACAUAAUUUUAAAAAAUUAUAUUAUAGUAAUACUGUUCUAUGGAGAGGAAACUUUUUUCAAAUAAAAGAAGGAUUUCUAAAUAGUAAUUCUUUAUAUAUAAAAAUGAAUCCAUCAGAAUAUAAAUAUGAUAGACCAGAUAUUAGAGCACUAUUUAAUAAUGAUUUGAUUUCACAGAUUGAAAAUUUACAAAAAAAUGAUUAUAUAGAAUUUGAAUGUACAUUAAUAGAAAUUAGUAAAAAUAAAAGUCCACAUUUAUGUCUUCUAUGGAAUGUUAAACUUAUAGAAAAAUAUCAACCAAAAAAUUUAAGUAUGGUUGAUUUUGUCAAACAUUUGUCUAUUCUAGAUAUGAUUAAUAGUCAUGCUAAUCCUAAUCCUUUUUUUAUUAAUCUAAAUAAUAAUGAUUCAAAUGCACCUGCAUCUAUUAAAAUUGUCCAUUUUUCAUCAGAUGGGUUCAAUGAGCCAAAUAUUAUACAUACUAAUGAUCCUUAUAUGUUAAAUAUUAUGGAGACAGAUCAUGUAGAUCCCAAUAUGAAAUUUGGACACUUUGAAAGGAAAUCUUUGCCUUUUAUGGAUGAUGAAGAAGAAGAAGAAGAGGAAGAAGAGGAAGAGGAAGAAAACGACGAUGAGCAUCCUUACCAAUUUAAUCAAUAUGCCCAACCAUUUUUAAAUGAUCCUGAUGAUGAUAUUAAUAUAUUUGAUGAUACUAUGUUUGGAGUAUCUACAAAUAUUCCAAAUUUUAAUUAUAAUUCUGAAAGUGUAAAAAAUUAUGUGGACCCAUAUGAAUAUGAGGUUUCAUCUGUGUAUGACCGAGAUGUUAAAGCGGAAAAGAGUCAGAACAUAAAAGAUGAUAUAAAAGGUGAUGUAAAAGAUAAUAUAAAAGAUGAUAUAAAAGAUAAUAUAAAAGAUGAUAUAAAAGAUGAUGUAAAAGAUAAUUUAACCCUUAAUGAACAAACGGGUAUAUCAAAUGAUAUGCAAAAAAAUACACCAAGUGAUACACCACAAAAUUUAUCAAGUGACACAGAACAAAAUACACCAAAGGAUGUGCAAAAUAAGGUGAAAAAUGAAAAGACCCAAACAAAAGAUCUCAAAAAAAACACACAAAAGACUAAUAAAACAACAAAUAAAAUGAAAAAGUAA